GCCGUGUACAAGAUUGCGCGCACAAGAAACGAGAUAAAUACGCGUAGGUGGGAUAAAAGAGACGACAUUGUACACGAUAUAUUUGGAGAUGCGCCCAUCGACUCCCACUGGGUAACGAGAUAGAAUGAGGAUGUCCGGGAAAUCACAAUUGUCCCUGUGACUGGUAAAGACACGAAAGAGACAGGCACGUGGAAGCUAGGACGCAUGCGUGUCGUGUUGCUCCUGCUGGACUCCGUACGACAAGUCAGUCUGCAUCUGGACUCCGGCUCGCGUGGGUUUUGUAACCAAGUGCGUGUACGUGACGAAAGUUAAACGACAAAAAAAUCAUUCGAAACUAAUCAGUAUGACAAUAAUCACCACCAUCCUUGUCACGUGGAUCGCGUGGAUCUUCGUUACGCUGCAUUCGUCCGAAGGACGACAAGGGAGGAGUCUGUUACCGAUGACGAAUCGCCAUUCCGAUUUGGAGGAUGAUGAAUCAUUAUUGAAUAGUCACGCUAACAGAAAUCGCCCCGAUAUGCCUCGAUUCGCCGAGGAAAUCGGAAAUGUGACAGUGCAUCAGGGACGUGAUGCUCUACUGUCUUGCGUGGUGGAUAAUCUCAAAAAUUUUAAGGUGGCGUGGGUGCGCGUCGAUACGCAAACCAUACUAACGAUUCAUAGGAACGUAAUUACUCAAAAUCCUCGGAUUUCGCUGCAAUCCAACGAUCACCGCACGUGGUAUCUUCACAUAAAGGAGGCUCAGGAGGUCGAUCGCGGAUGGUACAUGUGCCAGGUGAACACGGAUCCGAUGGAAAGUCGUCAGGGUUAUCUGCAGGUUGUAGUACCGCCGUCGAUUAUUACUAAGGAGACCAGCACCGAUAUGGUGGUCCGCGAAUCUUCAAACGUGACGUUGACGUGCAAAGCAACCGGAUUUCCGGAGCCUUACGUCAUGUGGCGCCGGGAAGACGGCAAGAAUAUAAAUUAUAACGGCGAGAGCGUGAAUGUCGUGGACGGCGAAAACAUGCAUAUAGUGAAGAUAAGUCGUCUUCAUAUGGGAGCAUAUUUAUGCAUAGCGUCAAACGGCGUUCCGCCAUCGGUGAGCAAGCGGGUCUCGCUACGUGUGCAAUUCCCACCCAUGCUUUCCAUACCGAAUCAGUUGGAAGGCGCGUAUAUCGGACAGGACGUCACUCUCGAAUGUCACACCGAAGCGUAUCCGAACUCUAUAAAUUAUUGGACCACCGAACGCGGCGACAUGAUAGUCUCUGGCAAUUCUGUUUCAGGCGACAAAUACGAGGCCAUAGCCACCGACAGCGGUUACACCAAGUACAUGAUGCUGAAGAUAAGGAACGUCGGUCCGAACGAUUUCGGCUCGUACAAAUGCGUGGCGCAGAAUUCUCUCGGCGGCACGGACGGUGUCAUCAAACUGGAUCAAAUCCCAGCUCCGUCGACAACAUCUACGACGCAGCCGCCGUACUAUGCAACGUCUUCGUCGAGUAAGAACGGGAGAAACGGUAACAAGAAAUCACGACCACAAUUAACUAACGACUACGAGGUCGAGGAAUGGCGAAAUUCAGGCUAUGGCCCGUCGAUGAGGCCGCCGGGUGAGCUGCCGGACACCUCGAGUCCGGGCACGUCUCAUCGGGCGCAGCUCGUCCUUCAUCUCACGCUGAGCCUCCUGUCGCUGCUGCUGCCGGCCAUCAGAAGGUGAUUCUCAUGUCGCGGGAACGGGGCUUCCAGUUCUAGUGUUUAUUGGUUCGGUGACCGAGCCGGAGAAGCGGCCGGUUCGCGCGUGCUUAACCGUGGCAAGUGACGGACGAGUGCGACGAAUGCGGGAGGGCCGCGCUUGAAAUUAUUUUCGUACUAAAGUAUAAACUUAUACAGAGAGCAAAGAGAUAUUAUAUGUAUGAUAUAUGAAUAUAUAUAUAUAUUAUAUAUAUAUUAUAAAUAUAUAUAUGGAUCUAUAUGGAUCGUGUAAGUACGCGGUGAGUACGGAGCUACGUCUAGGCUUUUCUCGACUGAUCAACGCCCGUGUGUCGUCCCGUGAAACGCUCUUGGUUGCUCCGUGAUAGACGAGCUUUCCGCGAUAAGCUCCCUCUAAACGUUCAAACAAGAGACGCUCACGCAUCGAGAGAAACUUGUUAUUUACCGAUACCUUUAUCCCGGGUGAUCACACUUCGUCGAUCACUUUUCGGAGAGGGAAAGAAGAGAUUUCGGAAUAUAUUUGUCGCGAGAGAACACGCACAUCUUCCGUUUCUUCCCUUGGGAAAUUUUCCGGACACCUCGAGAAAAGACAAUCUUUUCUUUUCUACUAAUCGAAGCGGAGUGUUAAAUCGCACAAUCGCGACAUUCAGACGGUGAAUCUUUCAGACUACGCUGUCGGAUUCAACGAAAUUGUUCAGGUAUGGAUUUUCAUACAUAUAUAUAUAUAUAUAUACAUUUUCCGCCGUAACGCAAAUGCGGAUUCCAAAAAUAUCACGAUUUAUGAUUGGAUGGUCUAUUGAUGUAACGUUCUUUUCCGAGCGCUAGUCAUCCAUAAACUAUUCCUCCGUGCGCCGAUAUAUUUUUCACUCAAAACCAUCGGAUUUCGAUAAAUGUACCGCGCGAAACAAUACGUUGAAAGUUUUUUGCUCUAAUUCGCUAAAAGCGCAUUUGCAUGAUUAUCGGAUGAUUAGUAAUUGUUUUUUUCUCGUCAGCAAAAAUCGAAGAUUUUACAUCGUUUUCUCGUCGUUCGGUUCGAAUGUGUACAUCACGAGGAAGACACGCGCGCGGAAACUGCGCAUUCAGUAAAUAUACAUAUAUACGUACUCUCGUAAAAAAAAAAAAAACGAUAA